AUGCUACGGACUUCAUUAAAAUCACACCUGUGUCCUAUUAAGGUUCUUCGACGUCGGCCCUGGCCUCCUCCAACAGCAAUCCCUUCAAAACUCAGCUUGACUCAGCCGCUAGAAGAGGAGAACUCCCCAUAUUAUGACCCAUAUUGCUUCUACCCUGCCAAGCUGGGCGAGGUUCUACACGGUCGCUACCAGAUUGUGAACAAGUUGGGACAUGGCAGCAGGGCAACUGUCUGGCUUGCAAGGGACCUCUAUCAAUGGCGCUGGCUCAAGGAAAAGUUCGUGGCAGUGAAGAUAAAUUCCAAUAAUGAUACCCGUAAGAUACCUGGGGAUUCCGAAGUAGAUAUCCUCUACCAUAUUUCAGCAGCAAACCCUAAACACACCGGUUGGAAUUUCAUUCGCCAGAUACUUGACACAUUUCCACUCGAAAAUCCCACGUCGAAGAAAUCUCACUCAUGCCUCGUCUUUGAGCCCUUGCGGGAAAGCCUUGAACGUUACUGUAGAAGAUGGAAUGAUGGUGUGAUGCCCCCGGAGAUAUUCAGAAUAGUGCUCCAGAUGAUUCUCCAAGCACUCGACUAUCUACAUUCUGACUGCCACGUCAUUCACACUGCCUCAGAUCUCAAACCAGAUAAUAUCAUGGUGAAGCUAGAGGAUACUACUCUUCUCUCCCAGUCUGCCAGGGAAGAAUAUACCAACCCACUGCCUCAGAAGCACUACGAGGAUGGGCGUAUCAUAUAUUGCUCUCGCAGAAAUUAUGGGCCAUUAAAAAAGAUUACCGGUCUUGUGGAAAUUCUAGACUUCGACUUAUCGGUUCGUGGCGAUGGUCCUGUUACCCAUGACGGAUGUAUCCAAGCAGAAAUAUACCGGGCGCCUGAGGUUGUGUUAGAUAAGGGAUACAGCUAUAGCGCCGAUAUCUGGAGCUUAGGAGUCAUGUUAUGGGAUUUCCUUGAGGGAAGAGCCCUUUUUCAAGAUGUUGACCCUCUAUAUGUUGAGGAUUAUGACGAUGAACGGCAUCUCGCACUGAUAACUGCACUCCUAGGCCCUGCGCCGAAAGACCUACUUGCCAGUGGCAAGCGGACAUCAAUGUUUUACAGGGCAGAUGGGACUCUGCGGAAUCCAUCACUGAUCCCAAAGGACUUCACUUUCCAAAAUACAAUCUGCAAUAUGAGUGGAGAACGAAAGAAGAGAUUCAUCAACUUCGUGCAGCGGAUGAUCAAAUGGAGACCAGAGGAGCGCAGUACUGCAAAGGAACUGCUCAGUGAUCCGUGGCUACACGAGGACUUCCCUAACGAGUAA